AUUGGGUCUGCUACUGCUUUGUAGUACGUCUGUGUCUGAAGUGUAUGAAUUUGUCACUGUCUGUCAGAUUUUUAGUACCUAUGCCUCAAUCUCAAUGUCAUUUUUGUCAGUAAACACAGUAAUACAGUAUUAAAUUGAAUACAUUCAAUAAUUUGCUUUAUAGUUUGUACUUCGAUUUUAGUUUCAUUUUUUUUAAUUAGAAAGUCUACUCUGUUGUCAUAAGUGAUAAAAUACUAUAAAUCUUUAUGAGUCUAGGCAGUAAUUAACCUUAACCUGGGGAUGGUGAAUCAUCACUCCAAAUAUCUUUAGGCCUCCGCUCUAUUUACACAUUAAUAAGUAAUACAUCGACACAAUGGAGUGGCUAUUCGGACAUCGGAUGACGCCCGAAGAGAUGCUGCGCAAGAACCAGCGCGCUCUCAACAAGGCCAUGCGGGACCUGGACAGGGAACGCAUGAAGAUGGAGCAACAGGAGAAGAAGGUCAUCAAUGACAUCAAGAAGCUGGCCAAGGAGGGCCAGAUGGACGCUGUGAAGAUAAUGGCGAAGGAUCUGGUGCGCACGCGGCGCUACGUGCGCAAGUUUAUGCUGAUGAAGGCCAACAUUCAGGCCGUGUCGCUCAAGAUCCAGACGCUCAAGUCGCAGAACACGAUGGCGCAGGCCAUGCGCGGCGUCACGCGCGCCAUGGCCACCAUGAACCGGCAGCUCAACAUGCCGCAGAUACAGAAGAUACUGCAGGAGUUCGAGAAGCAGUCAGAGAUAAUGGACAUGAAGGAGGAGAUGAUGAGCGACUCCAUCGACGAGGCCAUGGCGGCCGACGACGACGAGGAAGAGAGCGACCAGGUGGUGUCGCAGAUCCUGGACGAGCUGGGCCUGCAGCUCAACGACACGCUGUCGGGGCUGCCGCAGGCCACCGGCUCGCUGUCCGUCGCAGGUCAGUCCGCGCUUAAUAGUUUGGUACAUGUAUACCGUGCCCGUGCUAAUGUUCCCCCGUUACAGCGAAAGCCCCGGCGCCGGCGGUGGCGGUGGCGGGCGGGUCGGGCGGCGGGGGCGGCGCCGGCCUCAGCGACGCCGACGCCGAGCUGCAGGCGCGCCUCGACAACCUGCGCCGGGAGUGACCCUCACUACUCAUCCACUAUGUACACGUUGUUGUUAAGUUAUACAUAUAUUAAGUUUAUCUAAGAAUAUAAUAUUUUUAUAAAAACUAAAUUUGUCUUUCUAUGUAUAAAGCACUCGACGUGUACAUUACUAACAAUGUUCAAAGGAUGUUCUCGUUACGAGCACAAUCUGCAUCAAUUCCUGCAACAAAACAUUAGAAAACCAGGUUCAUUCGGAGUUGCCAUCAUUCCCUAACCCAGCGGAACGUCGAGACAUUCGUAGCGAAACGACAGAAUAGAUCCGAAUUGUGCGCCAUAUUUACUGAAUGCCAAUGAAACGUGAUGGUUUUAGGCAAAAGAGUCUGACACUCCCUGUCGCCCCAUCCUGAUUGUACGAAGUCAUUUAAUGAUCGCCUCUCAAAUAAUCCCUCGCCGAUAAGCUUUUUUUCAUUAUGGUAGGUAGAUUUAAGUUUAUUUAGAGUUUAAAUCCUGCAAGCAGCGAUAAGGUAUUUUAGUCAAGUAAAAAAAAGGUAAAAAAGUGUAAUUUGGACGAAGGACAAUCGGAAAAUAGUUUUUUCACUUCAUAAGGCCCACUUAUUUUUUUUUAUAGCAAUUUAAGGAUUUUGAUCUGAUUUGAACACUCCGAAACGUUGUCGUAUGUGUUAUACCAGCCAUACUUAACCUGCGGCCCGCGGGCCGCAUGUGGCUCGCCGGGGCUAUAUCAGUGGCCCGAUUGCAAUUAGAAAUACCUAAUUGUUAACUAUAUAUUUACGAACACCUGAUGGUAAAGGAUUAUCUCCGCCUACUGACACCUGCAAGACCAAAGCCCCACAGGGGCGCUGACGGCCCUUUGAGGGCAAGGGGAGAGGAAGAAAGGGAGGUUGGGUUGGUAUCACUUCGGUCGGGCAUUCUCCAUUCAUGCCGGAGCGAGGCUUUCCUCAAUUAAUUAGCUUGCGGCCACACCAUGACUAAAACGUAUUUGUGGCCAGUGUUUAAAAAAGGUU